GGGGCCCUGGUGUAAUGAGCAAGGGGUGCAAGGCUCGCAGUCACGCGCACGCAGCCUCUCAUGUCCGCCGGCCGCACAACUCUCCCCAUAUCCCCUUGUCCGCACGAGGGGUAGAAUAAACCAAACCACAAAGUUAGGGCAAAACAAUGGGUAUUGUUGGCAGGGAGCCACAAAACAUGGGAGGGUUAGCAGUCCUUACCGAUACCGAUGCUCCAGAGGAAGCGAUUUUGCUGCAUCCGGUGUGCUGUAACUAGCCAAAAAAUGGAGUAGUCUAUGCGUCGCUGAGUGUUGAGCGUCGUCACCAAGGCCCCAUGGGAUGUCGCUCGGACAUGGCAAAACAAGUAGGGUGAAACGUGUGUGACGUGGUAAGCAAACAACAACAACAACAACAAACGGAUCACGAGGCGGAUUUACCUAUAUACGGAAGCGAGCGCCACAGAAGCCGCCAGCAAUGUCGCGACAGAAGGGCCACGGGAGGGGAUAGGGACAGGCAACACGAAUGGUUAGGAUGGGUGUAUAGAAAAACUGAGAGUUGUGAGGAAAGCAAGAAAUGCGAAAUGAAUGUGUGAAAUAUGCGAAGGGGAGGUUGUCCGCACGAGGGGGAGGUUGCCUCACAGUCUUCACUGCACCCUGCCUCCUCACUCUCCUCUCUUUCCCUGCCCUCUUCUUCCCUGCCAAACCGUACUACACCGUACCAAUUCUUGCCGUACAUCCCUCCCUCCUUCCCUGUGCAUAACUUCUUUUUUCACCCUCCUUUCCUCCCUCCCCUGCCGUACAUCCCUCCCAUGCCGUACCUUGCCGUACACCGCACCGCAGUGGGAUCCAUCUUCCUUCAGCGCCCAGGCCGUCAGCAACGCCACGUGGGCCCUAGCCAGCAUGGGCUACCGCGAGCAGUCGUACUUCAGAUCUGCCGUACAGGCGGUGCUGCGGGGCUGCGGCAUGGAGCGAGCCAAACCUAGGGAAUGGUCCAGCUUCUUCGUAGCUCUCGCCGCCGUACAGUACCGCCCGCCGCCGUCGCUCGUCGCCCUCCUCCGUCGCAGCGUGUGCAGCGACCCAUGGGGCGCCGACCGAGUGCAGGCCUGGACCAACCUGCUGUUCGCGCUCAACGCACUCGGCAUCUACGACGAAGCCGUACUGCAAUGGGCCACGUCAUGCACGGCUGCGACGGGCUGGCGACCCAUGGGUCACCAGGGGCUGACCAACUGCCUGUGGUCGCUCGCGGUGCUGCCGCCCGGGUCGCUGCUGCGGCAUGCGGAGCUGGUGGGCAUGUUGGUGGAGGGGUUGGAGCGCUGCGGGGCGGAGGCGCUCAAUGAGAUAAGCCGAGUGCAGACGUGGCAAGCCCAUCUCGAGAUAGAGUCUGCCCACCAACUGUGGGAGGAACAACAACGACAAGAGCAACAACGAGACCAACGACAACAACAACCGCAAAAGCAGCGGCAGCUGCAUCUGGGUCGCUCCGACCAGCCCUCCUCGGCCCUUCCUGCCGCCUCCCUCCCUAGUAACGUCCUCCUGCCCCGCACCAGCAAACGCCGCUCCCCUCCCUCCCCGCCCUCUCCCCCCACAUCUCCGCCGCUCCCCUCCUCCGCGUCCUUUCCCCUUCCGCGGCUCAGUCCCGACCUGGCUGCCUCCGUCCGCCAGACCAUGUUGGGCGUGUCCGCCAAGGUGCUGCAGCAGCCCGUGACGGCGCUGCAGCUGGACGUGGCGGGCUGUGCGACGUACCUGCUGGUGGCAGGGGAGCGGGGACGGGCGCAGGGGCAGCAGCGGGGACAGCAGCAGCAGCGGGGGCAGGAGGGUAGCGCUGGCAGCAGCAGCAGCAGGUUGUCUAAUGGAAGCAUUGCAGGCGGAAGCGGCAACAGCUCCAGCAGCAUGCCUAGCAGUAGCGACGGCAACAACAACAGCAGCGGCACCGGGCCCUGCAGGAUUACCCGUGUGGAGCAGGAGUGGCUGGUUCCGGAGCUGGGAGUGCGGGUGGACUUGAGUGUGUGGCUAAGUGACGGGAGGCAGGUGGUGGUGGAGGUGGACGGCCCCUCGCACUACUUCUGCAACGAGCCGAGGACCAAGGAGCCGCGCGCGGCGCUGCGGGACAGGCAGCUGGCGCGAGUGUUCGGGCGGGAAAACGUGUUGUGUGUGCCGUACUGGGAUUGGGACGAGAUGGCGGGGAGGCAGGAGGAGAAGCUGGCGUACCUGGCUGCGUUGCUGCGGCUGGAUUGAGGCUGUCAGUGGGUGUUGCGGACGGUAGCGAUGGUGAUGGUGGCGGUCGGAAGAAUGGGAAGGAGAAGAAGGAAAGCCGGAGUGGUGGCAAGCGGAUGAUGUGAAGCCCGGUGUUAUCACGUAAUGGCCGUACAGGCAUGCACAUGGCCGUACAGGCAUGCACAUGAAAUGCUUGACACGCCCGGCCCUGACUUCGAGGCGUGAUGUCGUACGCCCUCUCCAUCACCUGCUUGUUGCCGUUGGUGGCACUACAUGAUGGUCCUGGGGGACCCAGAUGAGGCGCCCGGGGAGCCCUAGCAUGGUGCCAGGCAAUAGCGGAGUAUAAUAUGGUGUUUUAACGGUAAGUACAGAUGCCGAAUGGGUGGCAAUACAAGAGGUGUAUACCUUCACGGUCGUGCGGCACGCUCGAAGACACAAAACACCCGUGCGGAAAGAGCCCGGCGUGGGAUCCAUCGAGACGGUUGCUGUCCCAUCCUGGUUGCUGUCCCAGCCUUAGUAACAACCACACACAAGGUACAGACCCGACCCAUGCUGCUGGGCAUGUGGUCGUCCGUACCUGGCAGCAGGCAUCUGCAAGUAGCAUAAUGAUUAUACCGUACCGAAGUCUACCAAUUUGCGCUAGACUGCCAACUCUACUCUGUUUCUUCAAAUGCGUCUGGCGAGUCCUCCACUUAUUGUAGGAGUAUUACUGUUUGUCGCACUAUACUCUUUUUGCCUCGCGGUGCACAGUCCAGGACGUCAACAAGAUUCUUCAAACGCACAACUUCAUAGCGGUAGUACGCGCAAGGUGCUUCUUAACGGUUUCCAUGCAUGGGACAAUGGCGAAACCGUGACAAACAGCGAAGCCGCGGGCGGAGACUCACCCCAUUCCUUAUUGUCCAAAUCGACAGAGCUGCUAUCGGGUGGCAGAUAUGAGCUGUUCAACGGGGCUGAGACGGUGUGGCAGCUGCCGCCCGCGGACAAGCCCCGCAAGGGUGUGCUGUUCAUCGCGCAUGGCUGCAACCAUGGAGCCAUCGACUGGUGGCCGCAGUCCGCCUCCUGCCCGCAGUGCAUAGGCCUGCCCGAGGAGAUGAACGUGACGCUGCACUCCCUGCUGCGUGGCUACGCGGUGGUGGCGGUGUCGUCGGUGGCACGCAGAGGAUCCAGGUGCUGGCAAACCCCUUUUGGCGGCGGGGACCCCGCGGACUACUCGGAGGCGGCCGCCGCGCCCUCCAAUGACUACCUCAAUGUGCGUGCGUGCGUGCGUGCGUGUGUCCUGAAGGAGGGAGGGAGGGCGGAAGACAACAACAACCCAUUUGUCCUAUUGUUCGGUACAUGUUGGGGAUCAGCGGG